UUUAUGGGUAAUUGCACGGGUGGUCCUUCUUUGAAUAAUGAGUAGUAUCAAUAAAUCGCAGAGUAAAUCACUUCACUCCAGCCCACUACUAUCAAACCUAGUAGAAGACUCCCACCACUACUAUUAGUAGAACUAGUAUUUCCCCCAUUUCUCGUUUCCCACCUUUUUUUUUUUUUCUUCAAUUUUUGGCCAGUCAAUCCGUCCUCGGAUUUGACGACGGACGACGGACGCCGGCCGGUGGCGAUGACGGACGACAAUAACACAUACCUGAAUGGGGGCCUAAUCCUGGUGGUCACCCUGUUGGUGGCGAAACUGAUUUCGACCCUCGUAAUGCGGAGAUCCAAGGGCCGCCUUCCUCCGGUGGUGAAAGCGUGGCCUCCGUUGGUCGGUGGGCUGAUGAGGUUCUUGAGUGGGCCGGUGGUGAUGCUUAAGGAGGAGUAUCCAAAGCUGGGAAGUGUUUUCACCCUUAAGCUGCUGACCAAGAACAUCACCUUCUUCAUUGGGCCUGAGGUUUCUGCCCAUUUCUUCAAGGCCCCUGAAUCCGAUCUCAGCCAGCAGGAAGUGUACCAGUUCAAUGUCCCCACAUUUGGGCCCGGCGUGGUAUUCGAUGUGGAUUACUCCAUCCGGCAGGAACAGUUCAGGUUCUUCACUGAGUCUCUCCGAGUUAAUAAACUCCGGGGAUAUGUUGAUCAGAUGGUUGUCGAAGCUCAGGAGUACUUCUCAAAAUGGGGAGACACUGGGGAAGUGGACUUGAAAUAUGAACUGGAGCAUCUGAUUAUACUGACAGCAAGUAGAUGCCUUUUGGGUGAGGAAGUACGCAACAAACUCUUUGACGAUGUCUCUGCCUUGUUUCACGACCUUGAUAACGGCAUGCUCCCCAUCAGCGUGCUAGCUCCUAAUCUUCCUAUACCAGCUCACCGCCGCCGUGACAAGGCACGCAAGAAGCUUGCGGCUAUAUUUGCUAGCAUUAUCGAUUCAAGAAGACAAAGUGGCAAGUCAGAACACGAUAUGUUGCAAUGUUUCAUUGACUCGAAAUACAAAGAUGGACGUCCCACAACAAAAGAUGAGGUUACUGGUUUGCUCAUUGCGGCCCUUUUCGCUGGUCAGCACACCAGUUCCAUCACUUCCACCUGGACUGGUGCAUACCUCCUAACCAACCCUCAGUUCAUGUCACAAGUCGUGGAUGAGCAGAAGAAUAUACUGAAGCAGCAUGGGGAUAAGGUCGAUCACGACAUUUUGUCUGAAAUGGAAGUCCUCUAUCGGUGCAUUAAGGAAGCACUUAGACUCCAUCCGCCUCUGAUUAUGCUACUUCGCCAAUCACAUGCUGAUUUCUCUGUGACCACUCGGGAAGGGAAUGAAUAUGACAUUCCCAAGGGCCAUAUAGUUGCCACAUCCCCUGCAUUUGCUAACCGCCUCCCACAUAUCUACAAAGAUCCUGAUACUUAUGAUCCCGACAGAUUUGCUCCUGGAAGAGAGGAAGACAAGGCCUCUGGAGCAUUUUCUUAUAUUUCGUUUGGUGGUGGCCGACAUGGAUGUCUGGGAGAGCCGUUUGCUUAUUUGCAGAUCAAAGCUAUAUGGAGCCAUUUGCUGAGAAACUUUGAGUUCGAACUGAUAUCACCUUUUCCGGAGAUUGACUGGAAUGCCAUGGUGGUUGGCGUGAAAGGAAAGGUCAUGGUGAGAUACAAGCGCCGACAGCUUCUGGUGGAAUAAUUGUGCAUUUCCUGCUAGUAUAGUGACGAAUCUUCUGGCACGAUUCUUCUAAACACUUUUUUCUAUUGGUUGCCCUUAUUUUAUUUUGAUGUCAUUUUUUUCUUCUGCACUUUAUUCCUCCGUAGAUUGACCUAGGUAUUUUGCCUGCUCCAGUAGAACUGACACGUUUUCAGUUGAAUAUCUGUAAUCAUUUUGGCAUUUCUGUUUCCCAUUCCCUUCUUUUUCUUUGAUGAUUUGCAACUGUUAAGUUGGCGAGUAAUGAUGUGUUCUGGCUAAAUGUACUGAUGUGAAGCAGUGUUUUAUCCAAGAGUUUUUCUUUGGAGUAAAGAGCUUUCAUUGGACAAGAUUGAUAUUGCCCAAAUGGGCAGUUUUUUUUUUUUUUUUUUUGGAUGAAAGUUGAAUUUCAUUCCAUGUUGGUGAUAAAAUACGUACAUAAUAGAUAGGAUUCGGUACUUAUCUACCUGUAAAAUUUCGAAAGUAAGUAGAAAUAGGGUUAAUGAUGCCCAUCAAAGGGCUGCUGCUCUAUCUUGUAGUUGAC